AUGGAACCGAAAACUGAACAAGCGACCGAGCAGCCGACAACGGUCGAGGGCGCGCUCGAGCAGGCGCGCCGCGCGUUUGCGCUGAGGAGAUACGAGCAGGCCGUCGAGCAUUAUGCGAUGGCGCUUGAGAUUGCAACGAAGAAACACGGCGAAGACGCGCCCGAGAUGGCGGACCUGUACUUCUCGUAUGGCAAGGCGUUGUUGGAGAACGCGAUUGUGCAGAGCCAGGUGCUGGGCAAGGACGAGCCGCAGAAUGAGGAGGCGGAGGAAAAAGGUGCCAACGGUGCUUUCCUGUCGUUCUCUGGCGACGCGGAGGAGGAGGGCGAUCCUGCUGUGGACUUGUUUGCGAACGCGGCGAAGGCGGAGGAAGAGGAGGAGGAAGAGGACGGGGAGGGAGAGGGAGAGGAGGAAGGAGGCGACGGAGAGCCAGAGGACGACUUCAACGCUGCGUGGGAGGUGCUCGAGCUCGCGAGGGCCAUAUAUGAUCGCGGCAAGGAAGAUGACGGGGUGACGCUCAAGCUGGCGGAUACAUAUAUCGCGCUCGGGGAUGUUUCGCUCGAGACGGAGAAAUUUGAUCAGGCAAUUACAGACUACGAAGAAGGGCUGAAGAUUAAACUCGAGCUGCUGCCCGUGUCGUCGAGACAAAUAGCGGAGGCGCACUACAAGCUCACGCUCGCGCUCGACCUUACACCCGGACGAUUGUCAGACGCGAUUGUGCACGCCGAAAAGGCGCUCGACAGCGUCGAGCACCGGCUCGCGGAGCUGCGCACAGGCAUCGCAGGACAGCUGCCGCCCCCGUCUGCGCCUAUAGAAGAGUCGUCGAACGCAAGCGGGAGUGGAAAGGGCAAAGGGAAGGGCAGGGCGGCACCGGUGCUUGCGGACGACGCGGUGCAGAAGAUGAGCAAGGAGCAGAUGGAGAAGGAGAUUAAAGAGGUCGAGGGGCUGCGGGAGGACCUGGCGAUGAAGGUCGAGGAGCUCAAGACGAGCCCGAACGAUGCGUCUGCCGAGAGCGCACCGGCGAUGGCCGCGCGCGCGCUCGAUGCGGAGCUGAACGCUGGCAAGGGCAAGGGUGGUGGUGCAGGUCUCGACUUCAGCGCAAUCCUUGGGGCGGGCUCGGCGACGGCGAGCGCGCAACCGGCCGUGGUGAAUGAUUUGACAUCGAUGGUGGUGAAGAAGAAGAAGAAGGCGCCGGCGAAUGCGAGUCCGCCUGCAGCGGAGGGAGAGGCGUCGGGGAAGCGGAAAGCGGAGGAUGGUGAGGGCACGGAGAGUAAGAAGGCCAAGCUGGAGGGCGAGGAGUCGUCGGCGUAG